CACCCACCCUUAUCAUAGUAUAGUCUGAAUAAUCAUUUGCUUUUAUUCGAACCUCCAUCAUGACGAUCAAACUUCGUUGCUUUUUGAGCUUACUAUGUGACGUAGCGGACUUCGCGCCCGGGCGAUUUGGUAGCUUUUCUCCGUCGCCCAAUGACAGAAUCAUCUCAUUUGAUUGCCCCUUCUCGCCUGGGACUCCCUCCCCAUUUGACGGCCUAGGAUACGCAUAUAAGCGGCGCCCUUCAGCCCUCCCUCCGUCACCAACAACCCUCCUUUCACCAAGCUGUUCUACGAUAGUACUCUACUAGAACCCUCUGCAGCUAGAACACUCUUCGAGAUCUACUCAGUCAAGAUGUGUCACCUGCGUUUCGUUUGGCACAAAUUCAUUUGCGGCCAUAAAUUUAUUGCUCCCGGCACCCCUGAGGAGGGGGAGAAGAUUGAUUGUGGCAGUAAUAGGUGCCGCAUCAGCGUUAAUCACCCUCAAUGGUGUCAGAAUCCUCAAUGCAGAGAAGGUGGCUGCUGGUCUUAUAAAACUCAGCCUGUCCACAUUACAGCUAAACGUUCCGAGUAUCCUUGUGACUACUGCCAACAGGCGGCUUAAUGAUGGCUUGGAGAUUGUUGCCGGAGAGAUCCUCAACGAUGGUUUGACACCAGUUCGCUGGCUUAUAACUCCGAUUUUCGUUUGUCAUACGAUAUGUUGAUACCCGAUAUAUGAUCGCUUCAGAUUUGUUCUUUCAAAUUACACGCGUUCAUCUGCC